AUGGGUAGACGACCUGGGAGAGCAGCUGCAAAGAAUGCUGCGGCAGCAUUGAGUAAGUUUGCCCGUUGCAAAACUUCCGGCGCAUUCGAAGAGACAUUAACAGCCAAUCUUGUAGAAAACACCCCGCAGUACGAUGAGGACGAGCAAAUGCCAGAUGCUCCCAGCCCUGAGGCAAGUAGCCCACAGGAGGGAGUAGAAGAAGACAAUGCAAACGAGGAAGAAGAAGAUGGCACGCCGGCACUGGAAUCCGAUGCUCCAGUAACUCCUGUUCCUGAACCUGUUCCCCGCAAACGAAGGCUGGGACGACCACCGAAGAACAGACCCGCCGAUUGGGAUACACAAGAUGUUGACGGCUCCGAAGCCGGCACUCCAGCAAGACGAGGACGAGGAAGAGGAGGUGGCUUUGGACGUGGUGGGCGUUGGGCUCGUCGAGGAGGACCUUCGCAUGUAACACAACAACCAAUCGACAAGGAAGGCAACAUGAUGGAUGUUAUCAAUGAUGAAGUCGGAUUGCCAGAGGAUCCUGAAGGGGAAACCAAAGUCGAUAAAAUGGGCUAUCUUCAGGAUGAUCGCCAAUAUCGAUGCCGUACCUUCACUGUGCUUGGCAGAGGGACCCGACUUUACAUGUUGUCAACCGAACCUGCUAGAUGCGUUGGCUUCCGCGACAGCUACCUCUUCUUCACCAAGCAUAAACGACUCUUCAAGAUCAUUAUUGACGAGGCCGAGAAGCAUGACUUAAUUGAGCGUCAUCUCAUCCCUCAUUCCUACAAGGGUCGUGCCAUCGGAAUAGUCACAGCUCGCUCAGUAUUCCGUGAAUUUGGCGCCCAAAUUAUUGUAGGUGGAAAGCGUGUCAUUGACGACUAUGAGGUUACAAAAGUCAAAGCGGAAGGGGCUGUUGAGGGAGAACUCGCCGAUCCUAAUGAUCGCUUUGAGGAUGGUAAGCCAUAUAACAAAAACCAAUAUGUCGCAUGGCACGGAGCCAGCUCGGUCUAUCACUCUGGUGCUCCGACAGUCCCAGCACCGGGUGGUAAGGUUGCGCCUGGUCAGAAGAAAAAGGUUGCCAUCACAGAUGUCAACUGGAUGUAUGAACAUGCAAAGGCUGCAAGCGAAUUCAAUGCCAGAAUUGCGCUUCAACGCAAGGCUAAUCUCAAUGGCGUUUAUGAUAUUCAUACCAACAUGUUGCAUUAUCCUAAGAUCAUGCAACCAACUCAUGCUCGAUGGGAGCAAAUUGACGACUAUGAGGUCCAAGAGAAGAUCGAAAAUGGCGAAAUGGAGGAGCCUAAAGCGGACGAGACUAUGUUCACACCUAUAGAUCCUGUAAUUUCCCGAAAUUACAUGGUCGUUGAUACCGUCUUCGAAGCCCCUCCUUAUAAUUAUCCCAGUCGGCUAGUUCCCGGUCCAGACGGCGAUAGUUUUGACAUAGGAUUCAAUGGCUUGUCGGGCGUUUCAGAUGAUGUCAAGGCCUGCCUUCCACCCGAGUGCCGUGCGGCUUUCGAAGAAGCUCUCGAGAAAGAGACGGGAUGGAAGAACAAAUGGUCUGGUGAGGCCGUGGAUGGCCAUCGUCGCAUGCCGAAGAUAUUCCUCGGUCAAGUCUAG